CAAUAAAAUUGCGCGCAUAAGGUGGUGAUCUCAUCUCAUCGCAUCGCAACGCACACAGAAAGGCGCGUCCUGACCCAUCAAGUGUGUAACAACGCGUCUGUGCUGCAUCUCUGUCGCAUCUCUUCCGCGUCUCUUCCUCCUCUCUUCCGCCACUCUGCCGCAUCUCUACCGCUUCUCUACCGCUUCUAGGACUUCCCCACACAAAAUGAACGCGGCCGCCAUAGAAGUUAUCAACAAAUUGAAGAAGGAAGAUGAGAGCAACAACAAGUGCUUCGACUGUGGGGUCCCCAACCCGGACUGGGUGUCCGUUAACCACGGGGUGUUUCUCUGCAUUAACUGUUCAGGCGUUCAUAGAAGUUUGGGGGUACACAUAAGCAUUGUGAGGAGCAUCAAAAUGGACAUAUUCACAGAUGAGCAGUUAAAAUAUCUGGACAAAGGAGGCAAUAAAAAAUUCCAAACAUAUUUGGAAAAUUAUGGAAUUAACAAUUUUAUUCCUGAGAGGAAAUAUAGAACCAAGGCAGCUGAACAUUACAGAAAAAUUAUGAAAUCCAUUGUGCAUAACUCUGACCCUCCCUCUCCAUUAUCCCUUGAUGAAGGAAAGGACUUAAUUAAUUUUGGCCAAAAUGAAAAUAUGAAUGCGAACGAAAUUAACAAGAAUGGCAAAAAUAAUUUAUAUGCAGAUGAUCAACAGAAUUUCAUACCCUCUUUGAACACGGCGGAAAUUUUGGAUAACGUGUCUGCCACAUUCUCCAAUUUUAUAAACAGAGCGCAAACCAUGACGACCAACACGAUAAAUAAUUUAAAUAAAAAUGACCUCAUCGAAAGUACCAAAGAUACACUAAUGAAUAGUAGCAGCUGGAUUACUGAGAAGACCAAAAAAAUUGCUGAAAAUGUGAGUGAUAAUCCUUGGUGGGAAAAGGGGCAGAGCAAAAUAAAAGACGUGACGCAGAAUGCUACUGGCUGGAUUUCAAGCAUCUCCUCAACUGUUUCUCGAACUAAUAGCAAUUUCUUUUUUGCUAACAGUGAGUUCGGCGCGACGGGGGGACCCACUGGCACGGGAAGUGUAAGCACCAAUGCUAGUGCGGAGGGGGGCCAGGGCGCCGCUGCUCCUGACCACCUUGCGAGCACUUCCAGUAGUGCCAACGCAGACGGUGUUAGUAAACCCAGUGCGGGCGAGAACAAUCCCGCGUUCAGCAGAACAGACACCAGCAAGAGUCUCAACAAAAACUGA